AAGCUGAUGUGGUUCCAAAGACAGUAGAAAACUUUAGAGCUCUUUGUACUGGUGAAAAAGGAUUUGGGUAUAAAGGAUCCACUUUUCACAGAGUGAUUCCUUCAUUUAUGUGCCAGGGUGGUGACUUUACAAAUCAUAACGGAACCGGUGGAAAAUCCAUUUACGGCAGUAGAUUUCCAGAUGAAAAUUUCAUACUUAAGCAUGUAGGACCUGGUGUGCUUUCAAUGGCCAAUGCAGGACCCAAUACAAAUGGAUCUCAGUUCUUCAUUUGCACUGCAAAAACAGACUGGCUAGAUGGGAAACAUGUUGUUUUUGGGCAUGUAAAGGAAGGAAUGGAUGUCGUGAAAAAAAUUGAGAGCUUUGGUUCCAAGAGUGGAAAGACCUCCAAAAAGAUUGUCAUUACUGACUGUGGCCAGCUGUCCUAGCCUUUUGCCCUGCCAUUCAGGACAACUUCGAUGCUGUGAAAAACAAUUCAUAAAAAACCCCAAACAUUUCUGAUCCCAUGAGUAGCACCUACAGAACCUUAUUUUCUAUUAAACUUGGUCCAACUUUUAUACUUUAUUGAAUAGUACUGAUUACAAGCACCAAACGGUAACUGAAACAUGUUUUAACUGAGCUACCUUGGUAGUCAUGCU